AUGGGACGAAAUCCAAAGCUUCUUUGGGAGUUGAAAAGUAGUAGUUUGAGGCACAAAAAAUGGAAGAUGAACGGAGGAAUUAAAAAUAGGAACAGGAGGGCGACUAAAAGGAAUCAAACACAGUUUAGCGUUGAUCAUCUAUUGCAAAUCGAUGAGUCAUUAUUAAACAACUCAAUGAACUUAUUAGACAACAUAUUACCUCAAUCAAGCGAUGAGCUGCCUGAAUGUAAUGCUGAUAUUAUGCUAAAAUCAUCAAUUAGUAAACCAGAACAACAAGUUGAGAAAUGCUGUGAUCCAAAUGUUACUACAUUUAUUGAAGAAGUUAUAUACAGAAAUGCGGUCAAGUUCAAUUUCAAAAGGACGGGUGUUUCCAGUGUCCUUAAAGAUCUGAAACAAAAUUUUCCUUUAAUGAAGUCAGACUACAGAUCUGUUAUGAGCACUCCAAGGCAUACAAUAACGAAAGUAGUCGACCCAGGGUUAUAUGUAAAUUUCGAUUGGCAAGAACGCGUGCGAUCAAUUCUAACAGAGAGUUUAGCUCCUGAUAAUUGCAGUAUUAAAUUCGACAUCUUUAUUGAUGGCAUUUGUUUUCAAACUGACGCCAUUAAAAGAAAUUUCUGGGUCGUAUUAGGAAGAGUACUGGAUAAAAUAUUCGUCAUCGGCUUAUACAAUGGACGAAGCCAUCCAAAAGAUUUCAAUUUACUAUUGUCUGAUUUUGUUGAGACAUUCAAAGAAAUGAGCGAAAGGAAGUUAUAUAUUGAAGGAAAGGAAUAUGAAAUAGAAAUCAGAAAUGUCAUUUUGGAUUCUCCCGCAAAAGCUGCUGUAAAGUAUGUGAAAUACCCAACAGGUUAUUCCUCUUGCUGUGAAUGUUGUGUUGAAGGGCAUAGGGAAGAUGGAAGAAUAACGUUCACUGAAUUAGACUGCACAAGAAGAACUGAUGAGAGCUUUAGAGCGAGAGCAGAUAUUGGACAUCAUAAUGGUAGUUCAAUAUUUGAAAGUUCUUUCAGAGAGCUAGAUAUGAUUAAUAAUUUCCCGCCUGACUAUCUACAUGUCGUGCUGUUAGGUGGAUUAAAGAAAAUUUUGACUUAUCUGUUCAUUCCACCAAAAUCGUUUUUACCAUUUAGUGCAGGUCGUGAACUGACAUCAAAGUUAUUGGAUAUGGACAAAUAUGUGCCAUCUGAGUUCCACAGGCAUUUACGACCCAUCUCAGAAUUAAAGCAAUACCAUGGUCAUGAACUUCGUUUCUUCUUAUUAAAAGUUGGAAUAGUUGCAUUGAAAGGUGUAAUCCCAAACGAGUAUUACUUAAACUUCCUUUAUUUUCACAUUGGAAUCACUAUACUGUGUGAUGAGGAUUUAGCAACAAAUUAUUCUGAGGUAGCAAAACUCGUAUUGCACAAGUUCGUUGAGAAAGCAAUGGACCUAUAUGGACCAGUUAUGCAGACUUUAAUCGUACAUACAAUAAGUCAUUUAGCUGAUGCAGUACAAUAUCAAGGUAUGCCAUUGGAUAGUUUCUCUACUUUCGCAUUUGAAUGCUACUUAACAGCCGUGAAAAAGCAUAUCCAGUCACCUAAUAAUGUAUUACAACAAAUUCAUCGACGCAUUUCUGAAGGAAUACGCUCAAUGGAAGCAGAUGAUAGGAAGAAGUCCUUAGAAAAAAAAUUUAAGUUUAUUAAGAAACUGAACGACAAAAGCUUCGAAAGUUUCUCGUGGGAUGGUAAAAAAUUUUCAACGAUUGGAAUACGGGACCGAUUUUGUCUCCUGAAUGAUGGAAAAAUCUGCGAAAUUUUAAAGAUAAUUAAAGAAGACGAUGAAGAGCCUAUUUUGUUUUGCAAUUCUUUUAUCAUUCAAGGCGAUUUUUACGAGAAACCAAUCAAGUCUUCAAAAUUAUCAAUUUUUCAAUGUGAAAACAACUAUGAAUCUUUAAAUUUUAAAGUCAGGUUCAGCGAAAUUAAGUUUAAAAUGAUGCUUAUUCAUUAUAAUGACAUGUUAAUAUUCGUUCCAAUAAAAAGUUGA